GCGGGCGCGCCGGGGGCUGUGUGCCGGCGGGGCUGCAGCCGGCAGCUCCGCGUGCGCUUCGCCGACGCGCUGGGCCUGGAGCUGGCGCAGGUCAAGGUGUUCAACGCGGGCGACGACCCGGCGGUGCCGCUGCACGUGUUGUCGCGGCUCGCUAUCAACGCGGACCUGUGCUGCAGCAGCGAGGACCUGGAGUUCACGCUGCAGUGCCUGGUGCCCGACUUCUCGCCGCCCGUCGAGGCCGCCGACUUUGGCGAACGGCUGCAACGGCAGCUUGUGUGCCUAGAGCGCGUCACCUGCUCUGACCUGGGCAUCUGCGGCACGGUGCGCGUGCGCAACGUGGCCUUCGAGAAGCAGGUGGCCGUGCGCUACACAUUCUCUGGCUGGCGCAGUGCGCACGAGGCGACGGCGCGCUGGCGCGGGUCCGCGGACGUGACGGGCACCGAAGACGUCUUCGCCUUCAGCUUGCCGGUACCGCCCUUUGUGCUGGCGCUCGGCGCGCGCGUGCACUUCGCGCUGCGCUACCGUGUGGCGGGCGCUGAACACUGGGACAACAACAACGGCCACGACUACAGCCUCACCUGCCGCAGCCACGCGCUGCACAUGCCGCGCGGCGAGUGUGAGGAGAGCUGGAUCCACUUCAUCUGAGCCGCACCUGCUGCCAUCCGCCGGCCGGCUCGCACACCUGCGUGGCUGCUCUUCCCACACCACCGCCCUGCCCCCCCAAGUCGUCUGAGCGUGCUUUCUGCUGCGAGGUCCCCUGGCAGUGGCCCGUCCUGUCUCUGCUUGAAUCGUCUGUCACUUGGUCUAAAACGUCGCCUCUGGUGGCCAGAAGGCGGCUUGUUUCCUGUGCUGGGGGAGGGUACCUGAGUGGUAGGGUGCAUGCGAGAGUCGGCCCCUCAGGGGAGGACCCAGGCCGGGUCUCUUUGGGAAGACCCGCCCCUCCUUUAGGAAGGCCUGUGGCUCUUGGCAUGUGUUUUGGGUGUGUCUCUGUAAACCUCGCUGUUAUUUAUUAUAAUCGUGAUGCAGGGCCUUGCGCCAUUAGGAACAUUCGGGAUUUAAUAAGCUCAAAACAAAAAAAAAGUGGUGUGUCUGUGGUGCCCAUUGUAAACAAUGUUCAGUGUGAGCCGCGUCAGGAUCCGUGCAGGCUAUCCUGCCACAGGACAAGGAAAAUCUGAGAUCGUGUUGGCUUGCCAAUGUCUCUAGCCUUCUAACAGUGGGAAACUAUUAAUAGGCAAGAAAUGUAUGCCUCGUCAGUUGCCACACAACCACUCCCCGGAGUUGAGGCGGCCCUGCUUAGCUGGAUGUCUCCUACAUCGACAUUUGAGGAGAGGGAAAUAAGCUUAAAACUUUCUAACUAGCAAAAUAGUCCCCUCUCCGCAGUCACACUGCUCACCGCAUGUAUUUUUCUCGUACGUGUUUGGUCGUGAUUUGCACAUUGUCAGGUCGUUCCGUUGAGGUUGGAAACAACCUGAACAUUUGAAGGACGCUUGCCUUAUUUAAAUUUUCAGGUGAUGCUAUAGAAUUUCAGGUGACAGUGUCCUUUGCAAUUACCUUUUUGAUGAUUGGGAUGAUUCCUUUUGGGUCUUCUUUAGCAUCAAAGUUUCCAGCAGUCAUCUUUCAAAAGUCAGGUUACCACGUGGGCGCUAGAAAGUGUUUACAGCAAAAGCCAGAACACUGGGGGAAGAAUAGUCCACGAGUGUUUCUGUUUCUUAAUUGUUUUAAAUGGCGUUUAUGUAGGCCUGAAAUUAUCAGCUACCUGCCAGCUUUAUUCUUUGUGCCUUCAGAUGGAAGAGUUUUGUUGCUUGUUUCAUUAACAUUUCUGGACUUGUUUCGCAGAUUUGAGAUGGUAAAUGCAUUUUUUGACCUCCAAUCAACAAGUCAAGGCCGCUGUGCCUCGCAAAGUGCCACAGUCAUUAUACUCCCAGCAAGGGUGAUGAUUUCUGUUGGUGCUGAGUGGUCUCUGUGACAGCAGGUGCUAGCAAUGAGGUGUGAAAAAACCAACCAAAAUGAACAGUAUCUCAGGGUUUCCAAGCGCUUCAUUGCAGUUUGAACCCCUGCUGAGACUUUGCUGUUCCACCCCAGAUAUAUUAUAUCAGAACCUAGAGUUUAACGAGGUGCCCAGGUGAUUCUUAGGUAAGAUCUUGUUACAUUUUUAACAAGAUUGGCUUGAAGCCCUGAGUAUCUCCAACUUGGCAAGUUUCUUUCUUUAUGACACAGUUGAAACCAAUGUGGCCAAUAUUGGGAUAGCUGUCACCAGUGAACUGACUUAAGUUUUUUUAAUGCUAGUUGACAUUUGUCAAAUCAAUUUUAAAGGAUGCGUUUUGCCUUUUGACCAACUAGUUUUGGAUAAUUGCAACUUCUGUGUUUUUUUAAACUUGUCGGGGAUAGGGAUGGCUUUCUUUGGCCUCUGCUGAUCCGAGAACACUGGAUUUUGAUUUAAUACAUUGUCAUUGAAUUGAACAACCUCUGGCUAUGAGCACAGUGCGUUGACAUGGAGGAGAGAGACGCCUGUUUGCUUUACCUGCUGUUUAACAAACUGACCAUCUGGGGCAACAAGCCUGGCUUCUGUGCCCUAUGCUCUGUGCAAGAAAAUUGUCCAGAGCAUUUGGGUGUUUAAGAGUUAGAGCUGCUAUAUGUAUAUAUAUGCUAUAUUAAAGGCAUGUGGAGAAUCUUGUAAUCUAUGUGAAAGCACUUGCUGAAAAGUUUCUGGUCAUGGAAAAUAAAGUAAAUGCUAUGUCUUUCAGAGUCAAAGAACCUCAAGGUGCCUUUUAAAAAUUAUUAACUUUUUGAAACCUAAAGCUUGCAUAUACCUACCUAGUUGAUAAAGAUGCUGUGGGACAGCUGGAGAACUUUCAGGCCCUAAAAUACAGUUAUGUUGCUUAGAUGUGAAAAUUUUAUAACAGAUUGUGCAAUUGCUGGGCUGUCUCCCCAAACAUAUAUUAAUGUUUGUAAUUUAAAAUGAUUUUACUCCAACUUAAGUAUUAAAGUAUAUAUGCACAAA